AUGGGCAGGCACUUGCUGCUGCCUGGUCUGCUCCUGUCCCUUCCUCUGACCACAGGCUGGACCGUCUCUAACUGCCUACUGACCGAGGGCUCCUGGCUGCCUCUGCUUUCCCGCUUCUUCCCGAUCUGCCCGUUGGACUCCAGCUUGCCCCUUCUUGCUGCAUGCAACUUGGUGACCAACCUGACACAGACCUUGGAAGCAGUGCCACAGAGUGUGGAGGGGCUCUGUCUUGCUGGUUCCACUUCUGUUCUGCCCCAGGAUGCCUUCUCCAACUUCCUUGGGCUCAAAGUCCUGGGGCUGAAUCUGAAUCUCACCCAGAUCCUGCCAGGAGCUCUCCGGGGCUUGGGGAAGCUGCGGCAUCUCUCCUUCAUGGCUCCCCUCAAAGGAGGAUUUAUCCUCCUACCUCCUGAUGCCCUUGUUGACCUAAGAUCCCUCCAGUACCUUGCUUUCCUGGGCCCCUGCCUGGACGGGAACUUGGGUGUCUGGUUGCCUCCCAGUCUAUAACAGUUGUCUGUCAAGCGCAGUUGCCUUCAGGAUAUACGGGUGCUGGCUGACAUCUUCCCUGAUCUGGUGCGUGGCACCCUCUCUGGGAAUGCCUGGACUCUGGACAUGUUGGAUCUGUCAUUCAGUGGUAAGCUGAUGAUGGCCAGGCCUGGGGCCCUCCAGGGUCUCCGGCUAGGGACUUUGAAUCUGGACCACACAAAGAUGAAGGCAGCUGCAGUAGUGGGACUGGGGCUGCAGAGGUUGGAUGGCCUGUCUAUGAUAUACACUGAUACAGCUGAGCUGCCUGCCUGGACAGUUGCCCACUUUGAGCUGCAGGAGCUGAAUUUGGGAAUUAAUCGGAUAGGGAACAUAUCUCUAGAAGCCUUGGCUUCCUGCCACAGCCUGAAGAGCUUGAGUCUUUGGAGCAGUGGCCUGAUUGAGCUACCACCAGGUUUCCUGGCUGCCACGCCCAGGCUUCAGAAACUGAACCUCACCAACAACCAGUUGCAGAGUGCCACGCUGUGCAGGAAUGAGACAAGGACUGUCUCAGGACUGCUGGCCUUGGAUCUGUCUAAGAAUGGGCUGCAUACCCUGCCCCCCGCUGCCUUCUCCUGUUUGCCCCACCUGCGAGAGCUGGUACUUCAGGGAAACCAGUUGGUUUGCCUGGAAAGCCAGGUAUUUUAGGGUCUACAGAGGCUAGAGACCUUGAAUUUGGGCAACAAUCCACUGGAAAGCCUGGGUGAGGGCUGGUUAGCUCCUCUGCCUGCACUGAACACCCUAAGCCUACUAGACACCCGCAUGGUGCUGAGCCCAGCCUGGGACUUCCGGGGCCCGGAAAGUCUGCACAGCUUGAGACUGCAGUUCCCCUCUGACCCUUCUGGGGUAGGGUUGUCCCCACCGAGGCUGACUAGCUUGGAGCUUCACGCAGUCUCAGGCAUGAAGCAUUGGAAUCUGUCCCCUAAUGUCCUUCCAUUCUUGCAGACCCUGACUUUAAAAGGCUGGGGACUGCAGCUGGAGACCCAGAAUGUCUCCAAGAUCUUCCCUGCCCUUCGUGAACUCUCCCUGCUUGCCAGUAGCUUAGAGGCUCUCUGCUCCCAGGACACCUCCAGUUUUUUCUUGUGGCAGCUCCCCAGGCUCAAGUCCCUGAGGGUACAGGGAGAUGGGCACAGCUCCAGGCCCUGCUGCAUCACGGGGCUGCCCGAGCUCCUGGAGCUGAAGCUGCAGGCACUGCAGUCCCGAGCCUGGCCCCGCCCAGUGCGGCUUGAGGAGCGUGGUGAGCUGCCGAGGCUGCAGGUGCUGGUGCUGAGGCAGACAGGGCUGGAGACGCUGUCUGUGGCUGCCUUCCAGGGCCUGAGCAGUCUCCAGGUCUUAGUGCUAGACUGGGAGAAGGGCCUCGUGCUGGACGACAGCCUCCAGGACCACAGUCCUCGGAUGCCCCAGUACAUGUAUAUUCUGACUUCGUCCUUGGCCUGCCAGUGUGCCAAUGCCUGGGUGGGGCCCUGGUUGGAGUGGUCCCCCAGAACAUACAAGCACAUAGUAACACAGCAGCUGUGCCAGCCAGAAGCUGGGGGCUGCCCCAGGAAUCCCCUUUUCCCCUUUCUCCAGAGCCACUGCUCCAAAACUCUGGGGCUGGGACCCUUUAUGGGAAGCUCUGCCCUGCUGCUUCUGCUGGUCUCCUUGCCUCUCUUAUGAGAAGCCAGAAGCUCCUGGAUCCUCUAUCUCCAGGCCUUGUUCAAGGCUUGGCUCCAGGGUCUGAGGGGUUAGAGGGAUGAAGGCAAGAAUUUCUCUUAUGAUGUGUUCGUGUCCCACUGCAGGCAAGACCAGGGCUGGGUGGUGCAGGAGCUGCUGCCCACUCUGGAGGGCUGCCCUCCGGCUGGCUGGGGGCUGCGCAUCUGCUUCCCUGAGCGGGAUUUUGAGCCAGGCAAGGAUGUGGCCGACAAUGUGGCAGACAGCAUGGCGGGCAGCUGGGUCACACUCUGUGUGCUCAGUAGCUAGGCUCUGAACACCCCCCGCUGCCGCCUGGAGCUCCGCCUGGCCACCUCCCUCCUGUUGGCUGCUCCACAACCCCAGUGCUGGGUGCUGCUGCUGGUCUUCCUGGAGCCUGUCUCCCGCCACCAGCUUCCCCGCUACCAUAGACUGGCCCGGCUGCUCCGCCGAGGAGACUAUUGCAUGUGGCCCAAGGAAGACGAAAAAAAGGGUGACUUCUGGGCAAGGCUGAGGAGCAGGCUGGAGCAGGCUGGGUUAAGGCAGAUUGGCGCAGAUGAUGCUGAAGUGGAUGUCCUCACCUGA